AUGUGGUCUGAGACCUUCAGUGGCGAGACCGUCAUACUCGCGUGCAAUAUCGAAGAAGAUAAUGGAGACCCUGAAUGGGAGUUGGAAGUGGAAUGGAGGACACCCAGGGAAAAUCCCAGGAAAAGAUUUCAGUCCAUGCAGAGACAAUAUGUUCUCAGCAGGGUCACACAGUCUGACAGUGGACCAUACUGGUGUAGAGAGAAAUACUCAACACAGUGGAGCUUGCCCUUUAAACUGAAAGUGAUUCAAAAGAAACCCCAGGCCACUCUAACAUCAGAAUCGGUGAGCGGGGGGAAGAAACUCGCCUGUGAUGUGUCCAAUUCCACUGGCUGGACGUACUAUUUAUCCAGAGUUGACCCCUACUCCCACACUGAGAGAGUAAUGGACAGACAGCACGCCGUCGUAACUGAAGAAGGCGCGUACAGUUGCAGGGGAGGAAGAGGAACCCCGGUGUUCUUCACAGACGUAAGCAAUGAAGUAGUGGUUGAGAAAACAGGAAAUCCCUUGCCAGAGGGUCAAACUCAGGCCGUCCUCAACGUGACACCAUCGUGGCUGAGUCCUGGAGCCUCGGUGACUCUGACCUGCAUGGUCCCAUUUCCAUCUACAGGCUGGAAGUUCUACUGGUACAAGGCUGUUCCCCAAGUGUAUGGCAGCAGCUACGUGUACGAGCAUCUGCCUGGCAGCACCAACGGGACCAAACAGAAUGUCUUCAUUAUCCAUGGACAGACAAACACAGUGGGAUACAUGUGCAAAGCUGGAAGAGCAAACCCAGUGUAUUUCACCCAGUACAGUGAAGUAAAGUUUGUCUGGUCUGGAGAUGUUCAGUCAGCAGUGUCUUUAACAAUGGCGAUCAACAGUGUGCAGCACUUUCGCUAUGAGGAGGUCAUACUGAUCUGUCAAGGAAACUCUGAUCAGUGGAGGGUGAGGACAUCUCCGGAAAGCACCCUACACGAUUGUUCUGCGAGGACAAUGAGAGGAGCCAUAUGUACCACGCUACAGUUACGGCGUGGAAGUGCAGUGCACUGGUGUGAGUCGGCAUCGGGAGAGUUCAGCAAUGCAGUCAACAUCACUGUUUCGGAUGAAUACUGUGACAUUAUCCUGGUAAGCCCUGCCCAUCCUGUGUCCCAGGGAGAUUCUGUGACUCUUCGCUGCACAUCAAACACAGGAAACACUCCCUCCUCCGCCGUGGCUUUCUAUCGCAACGACAAACUCAUCCAAAGUGAUUCCCGUGAGCUGAAAAUCCCAGCAGUGUCGAAGUCAGACGAAGGUUUCUACAAGUGUCGGCACAAGGGAUCCGUGUCAGCGCAGAGCUGGAUGUCGGUGAAGGAGAACGUGAAGGAAAGCUUGUCAUUCCCCAUCAUUUUACUGAUUUGUGGAACAUUGCUGAUUAUUCUGCUGCUGCUGCUGCUGCAGUAUCGUUGCGACCUAAAACCAACAAGUCUGUGCUGUAACAGGUUUGCAGCAGCAUCACACCGACCUGCACUUUCAAUUCUACGUGUCAUGCAGAGGGAGGACCCCAGCACUGCCACAGACCAGCCAACAGCCAACCAUGAAGAAAACCAACAGCAUCUCUAUUCGGUGCUCCUCCAAGGAGAGGUUUGUGUCUACGACUCACUCCGACGCUCUGAAAACACCAGAGAAGGAAAUGUGUUGUCAGGUCAGUGUUUCUGUACGUGCUGCAAGUUUCAGUCUUUGGCCAGGAUGAGACACAUUUUGCUGUGUGUGCUGGGCUCAUGCCUAGAAGCACUGGCACAGACGCCCGUCGUGACCCUGACACCAGAGUGGCCAAAGUUAUACGAACAAGAGAUGAUCACACUGACGUGUGUGAUUCAGGGUGGCGGGGACGCAGAGUGGACGUACUCCUGGCAAACAAGCAGCUCAGUGUCACCUCCAGAUUCGGACAGUUACCCCAUGGAGGCAGAAGCGUCCCACAGUGGAUUCUACAAGUGCAGAGGCCAGAGCAAAGGUUUUACAACAGAGUGGAGUGAUCCUUUCAAACUGGAGAUACACAACUAUGUGCCAAUACCAGUCCUCACUGUGGCUCCAAUAUGGCAGAGUGCUGGAGCACCAAUUAUGCUAACCUGUCAGAUGGAAUAUCCAUCUGCGGGAUGGAGGUUCUACUGGUAUGAGGUUCUUCAACAUGGAAGAUAUGAAAUUCAAUACAAUAUGAUGCCUGGAAAUGGAAAUGAAGAAAAUUCCUACGUCGUUGACAUGCCGACGUCAAACACCACGUCAUACGUGUGUCGAGCUGGAAGAGGAGAACCCAUGUAUUACUCUGAGUUGAGUAAACGGACCUGGGCUCAAGCAGGAGAGUUUGGGAACACCAUCAACCUCACCACGAACAGGCCCAACCCUGAGACGUCCUCAGUAGUUGCAGCACUGUUUGCUGGGUUAGUCUCUGGAGUUGUACUGAUGGUCCUCCUGAUGUUGCUGUAUCGCCUCCUAAGGUUCCCCGAUACAAGCAGGAACAGGUGCAGCACUGAGCAGGACCAACCGGUCAAUCCAACCCAGCAGCACAUAUAUUCCUCUCUCCUUGAAGGCGACACUUGUGUCUACGAAACGAUCAAAGGUUUCAAAAGAUCUGGACAUGAUGGAGUAAAGAACGCAGUGGCACUGUUUCCGGAGAAAAUCUGAAUCCGAUUUGUCCCCCUGGUGGCCUAAGUGCAAAUUGCAGCCCGUCCAACAGCUGUAGUGUCAUAGAUGUGUAUUUCCCUUGUUAUUUUCCCUAUUAAACCUGCAUUUCUAAAGGCGGUUUAGGUUUGUUAAAGUUCUGUUUAAGUUAAGUCACCGUGUUUUGUUUUUGUUUUUAAGGAGAAUCUGACAAAUUAAUUUGUUUUGUACAGCGUAACUUUAAAAAAACCAAACUGCUUUG